CUUCUGCCUCAGCCUACUAAGUAACUGGAAUUACAGACAUGGAUUUAAGUGCUAUUACAAAACACUCAGCGUUACAUGCCAAGCCCAGUGGACUCCUCCUUCAAUAUGGGACUGCUGGAUUUCGAAUGAAGGCAGAACAUCUUGAUCAUAUCAUGUUUCGCAUGGGAUUAUUAGCUGUCCUGAGGUCAAAACAGACAAAAUCCACGAUAGGAGUCAUGGUGACAGCAUCACACAAUCCUGAGGAAGACAAUGGUGUGAAAUUGGUGGAUCCUUUGGGUGAAAUGUUGGCGCCAUCCUGGGAGGAACAUGCUACUUAUUUGGCAAAUGCAGAGGAAGAAGAUAUGCAGAGAGUGCUUAUUGAUAUCAGUGAGAAAGAAGCUGUGGAUCUGCAACAAGAUGCUUUCGUAGUUAUUGGUAGAGAUACCAGGCCCAGCAGUGAGAAAUUUUCACAAUCUGUGAUAGAUGGCGUGACUGUUCUAGGAGGUCAAGUCCAUGAUUAUGGAUUGUUAACAACACCCCAGCUGCACUACAUGGUAUGUUGUCGAAAUACCAGUGGCCAGUAUGGAAUGGCAACCAUAGAAGGUUACUACCAGAAACUCUCCAGGGCUUUUGUGGAACUUACCAAACAGGCUUCCUGCAGUGGAGAUGAAUAUAGAUCACUGAAGGUUGACUGUGCAAAUGGCAUAGGGGCUUUGAAACUGAAAGAAAUGGAACACUACUUCUCACAGGGACUGUCAGUUCAACUCUGUAAUGAUGGGACCAAAGGGAAGCUCAAUCAUUUAUGUGGGGCUGACUUUGUAAAAAGUCAUCAGAAACCUCCACAAGGAAUGGAAAUAAAGUUCAAUGAAAGAUGCUGUUCCUUUGAUGGAGAUGCAGACAGAAUUGUGUAUUACUACUGUGAUGCUGAUGGUCAUUUUCAUCUCAUGGAUGGAGACAAGAUAGCAACAUUAAUUAGCAGCUUCCUUAAAGAGCUCCUGUUGGAGGUUGGAGAAAAUUUGAAUGUUGGGGUUGUACAAACUGCAUACGCAAAUGGAAGUUCAACACGCUAUCUUGAAGAAGUUAUGAAGGUACCUGUUUACUGCACUAAAACCGGUGUAAAACAUUUGCACCACAAGGCUCAAGAGUUUGACAUUGGAGUUUAUUUUGAAGCAAAUGGGCAUGGAACAGCGCUGUUUAGUAAAGCUGUUGAAGACAAGAUAAACCAACUCGCAAGAGAAUUAGAAGAUAAGAAAGGAAAAGCUGCUAAGAUUCUUAGAAAUAUCAUUGACUUGUUUAACCAGGCAGCUGGUGAUGCUAUUGCUGACAUGCUGGUGAUUGAGGCAAUCCUGGCUUUAAAGAACCUGACUAUACAACAGUGGGAUGCUCUUUAUACUGACCUUCCGAAUAGACAACUCAAAGUUAAGGUUGCUGACAGGAAAGUUAUUAGCACCACAGAUGCUGAAAGACAAGCAGUUACACCACCUGGACUACAGGAGGCAAUUAAUGACCUGGUAAAGAAGUACAGGCUCUCCAGAGCGUUUGUCCGGCCCUCUGGUACAGAAGAUGUCAUCCGAGUGUAUGCAGAAGCAGAUUCACAAGGUCUCACUGAAGCUGGCCUCAAACUUGCCAUCCUCCUGCCUCAGCCUCCCAAGUAGCUGGGAUUACAGACAUGUGCCCAGUUUAGAUUAUUCCUUUGUUCUCUUAAAAACAUAAUCCUGUGAUUUUUAAACUGCCAGCUUUGUAGCCUAUUUCUAAACCAAUUGGUACUAAUCAUCAUGAGUUCUUAACUUGCUUUUUAAAUGUUUGCAUUAAAUAACAGCCUUACUCUUCGCCUCUGCUAUUUCUAGAUGGGGUCAAGUCCUGAGGUCUGGAAUUACACAAUUUGCCUUCUUCACAUACACCAUAUUGUCUGUCACCUCAAGCCCUUGAUAAAAGUGUCUGCAUAACCACGCAAAGUACACUGGUUGAAGAGGGUCUCAGAUGGAGGCAUUUCCAGUUAACUUAUAUAAGACCUGUAUUAUUAUUUUUUAAACAGAAGCAUAGGCCAGCUUGGAAUACAGUGAGAAUAGCCUUUAUGGGUGAAGGAAAGGGUAGCUGAGUUGCAAGAGUUAUUUCUCUUAGGCCAACUAUGGCCUUCUUACCUGUUAAAGGGACUAGGUUUUAUUGAAUUUAUUAAGUUUUGGAAUAACUAAUUUUAUAACCUGAAUUGAUUAACUGAAAACUUACCUUAUAUAGAAGACUUUGACUUGCUUUCCAUUUAUCUAAAUGCCUUGGAAUUUGUUACUGAAAGAUGAAAAAAGAAGUUUUCAUUUGAAUAUGCUAGUGAAACAAAAUCAGGAAAUACCCUCCCCUAGAAUGCAACUAAAAUAUAGCAGAUGCCAUGUCUUUCUCAUCUCCCUUUAUGUAAU